AUGUCGUCCUCGAACGGCCUCCCCCAGCUUUGGGAUGGCUUCCGCCUGCGCAUCUCGCCGCAAGCGUACCUCUUUGAACCAACGUCCCCUUCUGGAGCCAAGGAAACUCUCGUGAUCGACCGCAAUGACAGCUCGAUUCGACUCGCCAAGGAUGGCUCAACACCCAGCGGUGACAAGACCAUGUCCGUAGAGGGCAUUGUCGGUAUCAUCAAGCUUCACAAGUCCGAGUUCCUCGUUGUGAUCACAAGCAAGAAGAAAGUUGCUGAGAUCGCAGGUGCCGAUGUCCACAUGGCAACCGAGUUCCGCGUCUUGCCCCUGGAGAAGGAGGCAAACCCUUCGUUGCUUAAGCACCCAGUCGAAAAGACCCUGCUUGGUCUGCUCAAAUCACAUCUCUACAGUGCUCCCUUCUACUUUAGCUACGACUACGAUCUCACUAGCAGCAUGCAGCGUCAAGCAGGCAUUCAGAAUCCUUCUGCUUCUCUCUGGCAAAGAACCGACGACCGUUUCUUCUGGAACCGCUUCCUCAUGCAACGCUUGGUAGAGACUACACAGACGAGCGGGCACGAUCUUUCUCGUUUCAUCCUGCCUUGCGUCUUUGGUUUCCUCGAAGUCAAAGAGGUCAAGAUCAACAACCAUGCCUUUGUGCUCGGUCUCAUUGCUCGUCGAUCGCGUCAUCGUGUUGGUACACGCUACUUCUCUCGAGGUAUCGAUCUCAAUGGUAACGUGUCCAACUUUAACGAGACCGAACAGUUUCUCAUCACCAAUCCCAAGGGAGGUCCGACUAUGAACAAAGCGGAUGGCAGCAUUCGCAAGAGUUACGUUCAGACUCGUGGUAGUGUGCCCGUGUUUUGGGCUGAAGUCAACAAUCUCCGCUACAAGCCCGAUUUGCAUAUCAUGGAGAAGCCCGAGACUGCCGACGCUACCCGUCGUCACUUUGAAGACCAAGUGGCCUGCUACGGUGAUAACUACCUCGUCAACCUCGUCAACCAGAAGGGAUACGAGAAGCCGGUCAAGGAGGCUUACGAGCGUGCUGUUGAGAAGCUGCACAAUCCGCAAGUUCACUACACGUACUACGACUUCCACCACGAAUGCAAGGGGAUGAAGUUUGAGAGGGUCAUGGACUUAAUCGACCGCUUGCAGACCAAGGGCUUGAAGAGCAACGACUACUUUGCUUCCGAGAACGGCAAGGUGGUCAGUCAGCAGCGCUCGGUGGUGCGAACCAACUGCAUGGACUGUCUUGACCGUACCAAUGUUGUUCAAGGCACAUUGGCACGAUGGAUUCUCAACGAGCAGUUGCGGGCUAUUGGCAUCCUUUCCUCGGGCGAGAAAGUCGAAACGCAGAAUGAAUUCAUGCAUGUCUACCGCAACGUUUGGGCCGACCAUGCCGAUGUCAUCUCCAAAGCGUACAGUGGCACGGGUGCACUCAAAACCGAUUUCACCCGCACAGGCAAACGAUCCAAAGGAGGAGCCCUACAAGACGGAGUCAACUCCAUCACCCGUUAUAUCAAGAACAAUUACUUCGACGGAGCUCGACAAGACGCAUACGACCUCUUCACCGGUGCUUGGGAACCUUCCAAAGGUCUCCCUCACCCUGAUCAGCGUGCUGUGCUGGUCAGAGCCAUGCCAUGGGUGUACCUCUUUUCGCUAACAAUGAUCUUUGCCAGUUUGGUGCUGCCGAGACAUACGGCUGCUCAGACUGUUGCAAGUAUUGGAGGUCAGAGUGCAGGCGAGGCGGUAAAACAGUCGGCGUUUUCGAGCCACGUGUACUUCUUCACGCUCUGGUUGGUUGUGGCGGUGGGUAGUGCACAGUUUAUGGUUUCGAGGGGGUUGGAUUAUGUUGCUUGGCCAACAUUGAAUCGGCCCGAUGAGACGAUAUUCUAUGAUGGACCUGGGUUUAAGUCGGGUGCGAAGGGUAGGACAGGGGUGGUUAAUCCGUUGAAGGCGCAGAAGAGUGCGAAUGGGCCGGUGUCGGGUGCGGGUAGGAGGGGUGAGGCUUAUUCUGUUCCUUCCUAG